GUGCGUGAAGGACCUCUAGCAUCACGCACUGCAAUCCUCUCUCAUUUUCCCCCCCAUCCGACAAAAGAGGCAUAUCAAAGAUAUUGAUCUUUGUACUUGCAAGGAGACCCCUGUCAUCCCUUUUCACACACCACACACACACACACACCCCAUCACGAAGCUCAACCGCAGAUAUAUCGACCGAUCGACUGCCUUCUGGCCUUCUGCUCUUGUUCUCCAAGCCGGACGUGAUCACUUAUUAGCAUUGCUAUUUUUAUUCAUUUUUUCGCUGACGUUCAUAACUGGAGUUUUUGUAUCUCGGUGUAACCACAUUAAUGAGACAACCCCAUGCCAUUUCUGCAUAGUACGCUUACCAGCGAGACGGCCCCGGGUCGCCUUGUCCCACAUGGGAACCUUUCUGUCGGAUCCAGGCUUAUACAGACUUAUAGGAAUUCUUGACUCCAGGUUUCACCUCGUGGUGGCUCAUCAUUGAAUUUUGCUACUUGCGGGUAUGUGACCUUUUCUUUUGUUGCUGGCGUCUGUAGGCCAACAUGGAUACACGCAUACAUAUUGGGACGUGAUCACUUUGGGCUGCUUAUCGUCUGGGGGCCAUAUGAUCGAGAUGUGGCUUAUGGUUGACUGUUUAAGAGCGAGCUACUCAUCAUCCUUCCGCCAUUAUCUCCCUUUGGAUACUCAUCUGAUCUCACCCCCGAGCAGAAAUCGCACCGGUUGGACUCGACUAACGGAUCCCCCCUAAUAGGACGGUUCAACUGGCGGAAUUCAGUUCGGUAUCUCCGGUUUUUUUGGAGGACAUAAGUUGUCAUUGUGUAAUUCGGUUUUGCCUCUAUCGCCAAAGAACCACACUUGAAAUCGCCCAACAUGGCCAAACUCAAGCUCAGUUCCAUCUUCAGCCCCAGCAGCUCCAACAAUGCUGCCUCGACAACAGAGGGAGGGACCAAAGACCUCAAAAAGUCCAACCGCCGCUCCUUCUCGGCCCUCUCUGCUUCCCUCCUCGGUACCAAGGACACGGAGACGAACGGUACUAGCGCUGCUACCUCGUCCAAGUCUGCUACCCCAUCCGUGGCCCCGGGUCCGGCGGCACCGGCCACAACGUCAGAGAUGGUCGCCUUGGCCCAAAAGAUCACCAGGGAGACAGAGAAGCUCGAGGCCUACAUGAAGGAGCAUGACCUCCCCAUGCCGAGCUUUGACGCCAGUGCCCCAGCAGAUUUCCCCAAGCUCCCGGAUGAAAUUGCCCAGAGCAGGAAGGCGAUUAUCUCGGCGACGAAGGAGCUGGGGCUGUUGGCUCAUGGGCCGAGGGAGAGUGUGAGAUGGGGGAUUUGGGAGUUCCUUGACACGCUCGCCCUCGCCGCCAUCAACCACUAUGGCAUCGCCAAGCUCGUUCCCCUCGACGCCCCCAUCUCCCUCGCCGACCUCCAGGCCAAAACCACGCUCGAUCCCAUCAACCUCGCCCGUUUGAUCCGUCUCGCCAUCACCAACAAGAUCUUUUACGAGCCCACCCCCGGCUUCAUCGCCCACACGGCCGCCUCCAGGGUCCUGGCAGAGGACUCUGACCUCCAGGCCUGGGUCGGCUUCAACGGGGAGGACAUCCUCCCCGCCUCCGCCCACGUCCUCCAAGCCCUGCAAACCCAUCCCGAGGCCACCUCCCUCACCCGGACCGGGUUUCAGUUUGCCUUCAACACCGUCGACAAAGAACCCAUGUUUGUCACCUUUGGCAAGGACCCCGACAGAGCCAAGCGCAUGGGGAAAGCGAUGGUGUCGCUGACGGGCGGGGAGGGCUACGAGCCGUUUUGGUUCGUCGACGUGGAAAGGGGCGGGUAUGACUUCGGUGAGAUUGACGCGAGGGGGGGAACGUUGGUCGACGUGGGCGGCAGCCACGGCUUCAUGUGCGUCGCCCUGGCGGAGAGGUGGAAGAACAUGAAGUUUGUCGUGCAGGACCUGCAAAAGACGGUCGACAGCGCGCCGAAGCCGAUCUCGUCCGACCCUCAGGUCGCCGAGCGGAUCACGCUGCUGCCUCACGAUUUCUUUACCGAGCAGGUGACCAAGGAGGCGGACGUCUACUUCUUCCGCUGGAUCCUCCACAAUUACUCGACCCCCUACGCGCUCCAGAUCCUCCGCAACCUCGUCCCCGCCCUCAAGCCGGGCGCCCGCAUCAUUAUUAAUGAUCACUGCCUGUUUGAGGGGUCGGGGCAGGAAGACCCCUGGGACGAAAAGGUCAUGCGCCGCAUGGAUGUCGUGAUGCUCAGUCUGCUCAACGCGCAGGAGCGUACCGAGUCCGAGUUCAGAGAGUUGUUCGCCAAGGCCGGGGAGGGGAAUCAAAAGGGGGAGUUUGUUUUCAAGGGCGUCAAAAGACCAGAAGGCUGCAGAAUGAGUAUCAUCGAGGCGGUCUGGCAGCUCAGGGAGGAGGCUCCUACUGUUGCGGCUGUCGAGGAGGUCAAGGAAGGGGAGGAGACCCCUGCUGCUGUUGAAGAGCCCAAGACUGAGGAAAAGGCUGAGUGAAAGGAUGCUUUCAAGAUCUGCUGAGCACGUUGCUGUUUCAUAUGGGCCCAUU